AAAAGGCAAGUAUCAUUAGGAGCUGAUAUAAAUAGCUCUUUAUGCAGUUUUAGGCUAGUUACUGAAUGCAAGGCAAUUGAAAAUAUUGUUAUUCAAUAAAAUGUCGGUUAUGACCAUAAAUUGGGCGUUGGCUAUUGUGGCUUUAGGAGCUUUCACAGUUGUAAAUGGAACUGUUUUAAACAAAUGCUAUUCAUGUAGUUCAUCUGGUGCAUGUGACGAUGCUGUUGAUACUGCAAGGCUAGGCAUUUGCCAUUUUAAUAGUCUUAUUAGUUCCGAAUUAAAUGAUACUAAUAGGAUUUGCUAUAAAAUUGUGUAUGCUGAAAAUGGAACUAUUGCAACUUUAAGAGGAUGUGCAUUAAAAUCCUCAAAAUAUUAUUCAGAUGACGGGAAAAGUGAAAUUGAAUUUUGUAAUAGGAACUUUACAAAUGAACAUUCAACAAGAAGCUUGACUUCUUGUAAUACUUGCGAGAAUGAAUUAUGCAAUUCUUCUUAUGCAAUUGGAGCAUCCGUUACAAUUGUCAUCCUAUCUAUUUUUAGUUUGUUUUUAUUGUGAUUUCAAUAAUUUGUAUUAUAGCACUUAAUAAAAUAAAUUUUAUAACGUAUAUAAAUAUAA